GGGGCCGUGCGCUGCGUCACGUGAAGUCGUGACGGCUCCCCGCCGUCCGCCGCUUCUGCAGUCCAGACCAGAUCGCCCUCCGCCGCGAAGCGAUGGUGAAGGCGGUCGUCGCCGACGAGGCGCGCAUCAAGGCCUUCGAGGACGCCGUCGCCUCCUCUGGCGUCCUUCGAUCGCAGGUGGGGCUGGUGGUCGGGAAGCUCAGCGCCUCCUCCGACCGCGCACUCGUCUACUCCCUGCUCCCCACGCCGCCCACCGAUGCCGGCGAGCCCGCUUGCUCCCUCCGGGCCGCCGCCCCCUCAGCUGGCAAGGCCAAGCCCAAGGGCGGGAAAGGUGGUGCAGGGGCUUCUAACGACGCGCCGCCGACGCUCCAGUUCGAUGUCGACUGGGUCGCCGAACACGCCCGACAGGUGUCGAGGAUGCUCCUUGGAGGAAUGAGUGUCAUGGGUAUCUAUAUAUGGUCUUCUGAAGGCUCCUUCAAAGCUACUCCUUCUGCUGUUUUAUCACAGGUUAUCAGAGUGGUUUCUCAGUCAGUUCCCUGGUACGGCAGUGACUUUGAUGAGAGGCUGCUCCUUCAUCUCUCUUACAGCCCAAGAAGGUGGGCCUGUCGCAUAUGUGAGAUGGCAUCAGGAAGUCUAAGGCCGUGUGACUUCAAAUAUAGCAAAUUAUUAGCUUCGCUUCAAACUUUCAGAUGCACAUACAAUUUUGAGACGAGAUUGACAGUUGUUCAAGCUGAGCCUUUUAAGAAAGUUAUUUCGAAGACAAUCAGUCAUCUCACAAAGGAAGUGCAGAAUGCCAAAGCCUUAAUUGAUGGAGAUCUGUUUUUGGAUGAUAUGACCAUCACUUCAGAGGGCCCACACGAAGUCGAUUUGCUUGUACCUUUCAAGAACAAUUUGCCUGCCGGAGAAUGCAGUUUAGAGGGGGUUGCUGGGUUGCUUCUCUUUGCUGGAUCUGUCAGUGCGUUGGCAUACUUAGGCCCAAAAGAAUCUAUUUCGGAAGCUAUAUCUGAUCUGAAGGUGGACAUCAUUGCGAGCCUACGAAGCAGAUUAGAUAUCAUCCUUGAUGAGGCAGAUGAUGACUCUACAACUAAUGAUAUGGAGAAUUCAGCAUCUCAGAAGGUUACCCAAGUUAAUUUUCAUGAGCUGAGAGAACCUUAUAGUUUCUCAUUCCCUAGAAGGAUUCUGAUUCCUUGGUUAGCUGGCUCCUAUAUUUGUGACUACUUGCAACAAUCAGAAACGACAAAGGAUGCAAUGGAGCGUUGCAAGGAAGUGAUAUCACUGGAAACAGAAGUAGAGAACUCAAUCCUAGAACCAGAAACCGCAGCAUCUACUGCCACACUAGAAUCGUUUUGGGAUGUGGUGCCUGGAGCUUCAUCACGUGCUCGUGCAGGGCCUGGUCCGAAAGAUGAGCGCCCUGAACAGGCGACGGGUUCGGGGAGAACACAAGGCAACAGUUUCAGCAUCCUAGCUGCCUUGUUUGUGCUCCUGGUUGCUCUUCUAGUUGGAUUUAUGUUUGCGUUCCCUGCCAAUUCGAAAACCUGAGUAAUUCAUGCUGCAUCAGCCGAACCAAGAUGUUGACAUGUUUUGUGUAUCUUAUAUUUUGUCCAAACCUCAGCUGUGGAUGUGAAAAGUGUAGAGUUUCUUUCGUCGUGAACAGUUUGUAGGUGCUGCACAUACAUGAACAUGAUCCAUCCUUUUCGAUGACAGGGACAAUUGUGUGGAGUAUUUUUGAGUGAUGCAAGCCCUGCCGUCGUCUUCA